AAAUAUUCUAAUCUGGAGCCGUGAAGAUGCUUCUUCUUCUUCUCCUAAUCUCGUAAUUUUCCUUCUCCGUCUCUCUCUCGCUCUACCUUCCCGGCGUCAUUUCACGUCGCCGGUCUCCGCUUCCAUAAUCUCAGCCGCGUGGAUUACAUUCAUCCGGUACACAAGAAGAUGGUGAAAGCUAGAAGAGCCAGGCGCAGGGUUUCUACUCGGCGGAUCAGAGCAAGACCGUACAAGUUCGCAUCUUCCAAGCGAGUUGUUGUGGGGAGGAGUAGGAGCGUGUUUGCAAACACUUGUCCCAAGGCGAUGAUGGAGAAGAACGAUUGGGCGGAUGCGGUGUGUUCCGUUUGUAUGGAGUGUCCUCACAACGCUGUGCUUCUCCUCUGUUCCUCUCACGACAAGGGUUGCCGUCCUUACAUGUGUGGGACCAGCUUCCGUUACUCAAACUGCUUGGAUCAGUACAAGAAGGCGUCUGCUAAGCUAAUGCCGUCGCAGCAUCAUCAGCAAGUGGUUGGUAGUGAGUGCGAGGUUGCGGAGAAUCUCAAGUGUCCGCUUUGUAGGGGACAGGUCAAAGGUUGGACUAUCGUGAAGCCUGCGAGAGACGAUCUGAAUCUGAAGAAGAGGAGCUGUAUGCAGGAGGAUUGCUCUUUCGCUGGAUGUUUCAAGGAGCUGAGGAAACACAUGAAGAAAGACCACCCUUGCGCGCAGCCGCGUGAGGUGGAUCCCGAUGUGGAGCAGGAGUGGAGAAGGUUCGAGGUUGAGCAGGACCGUAACGAUGUGAUCAGCACGAUCAGGUCGACGAUGCCUGGUGCAACGGUGUUUGGGGAUUACGUGAUAGAGAGAGGUGCGUACGGUUCAGAUUCCGACGAGGAGGAGAGGGAGAGGGAGGAAGUGGGGAGGAUCGGUGCUGGGAUUGGUAGGAACCUAGUGAAUGUUUUCCUUCUGUUGCAGGCUUUUGGGGGAUCAGGAAACGCGUCUGACACAUCCCAUGGUCUAGCAUCCGAUGCAGAUGACUUGAGGAUCAAUCAGAGCGAUGUUGAGUCCUCUGGAGAUGAGGAGGAGGAUGGGGAUAGGUCAUUCGCAAACCGGAUGAGGAGCCAGAGAAGGGUUCUCCUGGGAAGAUCAGUUAGUAGGAGACGUAGAGAUAGAGAAGCUAACCAGAACUCAGACCAUCCUAGAUGAUACAAAUACUCUUUAAAAAAGGAAAACAACUCUGUUGGGGUUUGUGUAGAAGGUACAAAAAUCUUAAUAUCCAUUGGCUUUCUUUGUGUUGUUUUUAUUUUUCGGAAAAAUAAACAGAAUGUAUUCUUCUGAUGUACUAUUCUGGAUAGCAGUUUAUGUUGUUUAUAGUUUACUUCUGUAUCCUUCUGAAUUUAGUAGGAAGGCCUUGAAGACCAUUGUCUUCUUGGAUGAUGUUUUUACUCAAACCUUUCUUUACUGUUUGUUGUCUGUAAAUUUGAUGUUCUCUUUAUGUAAUGAAAACUUCUGGCUUUGUUUAUUAAUAGUGAAGAGCUUCUUUUA